AUGGACUGCACAUUGGCCUCUGUUGCUGAGCAGUUGAGCCCUGUCACUGGUAUCCCUAGGUUCGGUAAAGAUCGACGGAACGGCCCUUGUCAAAUGGAGCUCCCGCUUGGCACCGAUAAUUCAGGGGCCACACUGGCCAUGAGGCACCCCGAGCUCGACGACGACGAUGCUACCCUGGACCCCAGUAUCACAUCCAAGUUCUUGAUUAUAGCCACGGCGGCAGCAGGGCAGACUCUCCGCGGUUUGAAAAGACGAAUUCUGGUCGGCGAGACUGUGCAGAACAGAAAGCCCGGCGUUGCAGCGGGCUGA